AUGCCGGACGAGCUGACGGAGCCCGGGCGUGCCACGCCGGCCCGCGCCUCCUCCUUCCUCAUCGAGAACCUGCUGGCGGCCGAGGCCAAGGGCGCCAGGCGCGCGGCCCAGGGCGGCUGCGGCGGCGGCGGCGGCGGCGGCGGCCGCGAGGACGAGGACGACGACGACGACGACCCGGAGGACGAGGACGCGGAGCAGGCGCGGAGGCGGCGGCUGCAGCGGCGGAGGCAGCUGCGCGCGGGCGCGGGGCCCGGCGGGGAGGCGCGGGCGCGGGCGCUGCUCGGGCCGGGCGCGCCGGGCCUCGGUCCCCGGCCGCCCCCCGGCCCCGGGCCGCCCUACGCGCUGGGCUGCGGCGGCGCGACGCGCUGGUACCCUCGGGCGCACGGCGGCUACGGAGGUGGCCUCAGUCCGGACACCAGCGACCGGGACUCACCGGAGACAGGCGAGGAGAUGGGCCGAGCCGAGGGCGCCUGGCAGCGGGGCCCCGGGCCGGGAGCGCUGCAGCGAGAGGCAGCCGAGCUGGCGGCGCGGGGCCCGGCGGCCGGCCCGGAGGAGGCGGCGGAGCUGGCGGAUGCUCCCGCCGUGGCGGGCGAGGCGCGCGGCGGCGUCGGCGUGGGCGGCGGCCGCAAGAAGAAGACGCGCACGGUCUUUUCGCGCAGCCAGGUCUUCCAGCUCGAGUCCACUUUCGACCUGAAGCGCUACCUGAGCAGCGCGGAGCGCGCGGGCCUCGCCGCCUCCCUGCAGCUCACCGAGACGCAGGUCAAGAUCUGGUUCCAGAACCGUCGCAACAAGUGGAAACGGCAGCUGGCGGCCGAGCUGGAGGCGGCCAGCCUGUCACCGCCGGGCGCGCAGCGCCUCGUCCGCGUGCCGGUGCUCUACCACGAGAGCCCCCCGGCCGCCGCCGCCACCGGGCCCCCGGCCGCCGCGCUGCCCUUCCCGCUGGCGCCAGCCGCGCCCGCGCCGCCGCCGCCGCUGCUUGGCUUCUCCGGGGCCCUGGCCUACCCACUGGCCGCCUUCCCGGCAGCUGCCUCCGUGCCCUUCCUGCGGGCGCAGAUGCCCGGCCUGGUGUGA